GUCGCCGUUAGUUCCAGAUGUACAACAACUGUCCUCAUCGGAGACUUCUCAUGGCUCCAGUUGGAGACGCCAGCGCUUCUAGGCGAGCUUUGAGAGAUAUGUGCGGUCUCGAGCAGCAAUAAUAUACUGUUUAUACCAACCGCAGCAUAGGAAACCGGUCUGGUUGAUCAAAGCAAUACAUCCGCUCUGAGAAGUGACCCGUCGCGCUAUGAGAAACUUCAGGGGAAGAGCAUCACUGGCGAGCGUCUCUCAUCCGUAUGGAUGUUGCGACGUCUCGUAAUGUAUUAAAGUGGAUGCGAACUGGAGUGGAGGCUUUUUUUCCCCCACACAAUAACUUUUUUGGGAUUUAUUAUCUCCAAUAAUUGCAGAAAUGACAAGAAGACAGGUCGACAUUGCGCCAUCACCUGUUAUCUGAACACUGUGAUUAGUUCUCACAAAAGCACAGAAUCUUUAUUGCCUUUGGACCUGGUUUCAAUACAUUCCAGUGUUAGAUAUGGAGAUGAGUCAGUUACGGACAGCAGACGGUUUUAUUUUUUAAUGAGGAAGAAUACAUAGCCACAUCGGGGUUUUUUAUUUUAUUUUAUUUUUAAUUCAUCUUAAUACGUUGUUUUGAAUAGGCUAGAUCUAUUCAUUUUGCACUAUGAUGGAACCGCCACCUUGCUCGAAAAAGAGCCUGUCUCUUUCGUUGCCGGUUCCCCGGGAGGGACAGGCGACCCUUAAGCCUCCGCAACAUCUUUGGAGACAGCCACGGACCCCCAUCAAAAUCAAACACCGCGGUUACUCUGACACCGACCGGCAUCACCACCGACAGAUAGAGCGCUCAAAUGCCAUGGACACGAGUGACCGGCCGGGGCUCAAGAAGUCCCGCAUGUCCUGGCCAUCGUCGUUCCACGGCACCACCAGCGCAUCCAUAAGCAACUGUGCUGGAAAUAAGCGUUAUGAUGGGGAGAAUGGGCCCUCUCCUGGCCGAAGCCCUAUGGAUUCGCAGGCGAGUCCUGGGCUGGUGCUUCAUCCCUCUUUCCCUCAGAGUCAAAGGAGGGAAUCCUUCCUUUACCGAUCUGACUCUGACUACGACAUGUCCCCCAAGACCAUGUCACGAAACUCCUCCAUCAACAGCGAGGGUCAUGCUGAAGACCACAUAGUCACCCCUUUUGCUCAGGUGUUGGCUAGCCUACGAACUGUCAGAAGCAACUUCACCAUUCUCGCUAAUGUCACGAGUCCCGCUAACAAGAGAUCGCCAGUGACAAGCCAACCCACUGUUACCCCGGCAACACUCUCAGAGGAAACAUACCAGCAGAUGGCCCACGAGACUCUGGAGGAACUCGACUGGUGUUUGGACCAGCUGGAGACGAUUCAGACCCACCGCUCUGUUAGCGAGAUGGCCUCUAACAAGUUCAAGAGGAUGUUAAACAGGGAACUGUCUCAUCUGUCUGAGAUGAGUCGCUCGGGGAAUCAGGUGUCCGAAUACAUCUCUACCACCUUCUUAGACAAGCAGAAUGAGGUUGAGAUUCCUUCUCCUACACUCCGGGAGCGAGAGAAACCGAUGUCUCACAUCAGCGGUGUCAAGAAGCUUACUCAUAGCUCAAGUCUCACUAGUGCAGCCCUGCCCCGCUUCGGGGUCAAAACCGAGCAGGAGGACGCACUGGCAAGGGAGCUGGAUGACUUAGACAAGUGGGGCCUUAAUAUCUUCCGUGUGGCUGAGUACUCCAAUAACAGACCUCUAAGUUGCAUCAUGUUUGCUACCUUUCAGGAAAGAGAUCUAUUGAAAACAUUUCGGAUUCCAGUGGACACGUUUAUCACCUAUGUGAUGACACUGGAAGACCACUACCAUGCCAACGUGGCCUAUCACAACAGCCUGCAUGCUGCUGAUGUCACACAGUCAACACAUGUGCUGCUCUCCACACCAGCACUGGACGCGGUUUUCACUGAUCUUGAAAUCCUGGCUGCAUUGUUCGCUGCUGCCAUUCAUGAUGUAGACCACCCUGGAGUUUCCAACCAGUUCCUCAUCAAUACCAACUCUGAACUGGCAUUAAUGUACAAUGAUGAGUCUGUAUUGGAAAACCACCACCUGGCUGUAGGUUUCAAGCUUCUGCAUGAGGAGAACUGUGACAUCUUUCAGAACCUUACCAAAAGACAACGGCAGAGUCUGCGCAAACUGGUCAUCGACAUGGUUCUGGCGACAGACAUGUCAAAGCAUAUGAGCUUGCUGGCAGAUCUAAAGACAAUGGUGGAGACCAAGAAAGUGACCAGCUCAGGAGUGUUGAUGUUGGACCAUUAUAAUGACCGGAUACAGGUUCUAAGGAACAUGGUGCACUGUGCUGACCUUAGUAACCCAACCAAGCCCCUGGCAGUGUACAGGCAGUGGACUGAGCGCAUUAUGGAGGAGUUCUUCCGGCAGGGUGAUAAAGAACGAGAGCGUGGGAUGGAAAUCAGCCCCAUGUGUGACAAACACACUGCAUCCGUGGAAAAGAGUCAGGUGGGCUUUAUCGAUUAUAUUGUGCAUCCCCUGUGGGAAACCUGGGGGGACCUGGUCCACCCUGAUGCUCAGGAAAUUUUGGACACCCUCGAGGACAACCGAGACUGGUACCAAAGCACCAUUCCCCAGAGCCCUUCGCCACCACCUGACGGCCCAGAUAACGAGCUUGAAUCCUGUAUGAACAAGUUCCAGUUUGAGCUCACCCUGGAGGGAGAAACGGGACAGGAAGACAACUCUCCUAGUCACAACCACAUAGGAAACAAUGGUCAAGAGGAACUAGAGGAAAAGAAAGAGGAGGAGGAGGCAGAGGAAGUUGAGGAGGAAGAAAAAAUGGAGGACGAGGAGGAAGGGACAGAGGUAGUGGUAGAGAGGUCAGGACGGAGACGACUGCAGGUUCAGUCAGUGGUCGAGGAGGAGGACGAGAGACAGUCAGAUGAGAGUCCUGUGGAGGAGGUGGACGAGGAGGAGAAGUCGUCCUCUCCUACUGAUGACACGUAAUAUUUGAGACUCAAGGAACAACUGUCUGGCCCAGAGGGCUAAGUAGGGGAUAUACUUCAAAAACACUUUCCCUACUCUCUACCAUUCACAUAGGACUCUUCUGUUUCAGAUAGAUAACCAAUUCAAUAAGACAUUUUAUUUUAUUUUUCAAAAAGGGAACAAAAUAAUAUUGAUAUCAGAGAAGUAUUUAACACAGCAACUGUAGAUUUCACAUUUGUGCUGGAGUUAUCCCAGCCGAGAGGGUGAGAUUUUAUGGAGAAAUUGAAUUAUGGUGGGGUUUGUAAUGGGCCAUUAAGUCAGUCUAGCACUCUGGAUUUUCCACACACAUACACACACACACACACACACACACACACACACACACACACACACACACACAUCAGUCAAUGUGUAUACACACAUUUGCAGUCACACAUACAUUUUAACCUAAAAUAAUGAUACCACACACUUCAUGCAAACACAUGGUUGUGUGUCUGUGUAUGUGUUCAGGGGGCUUGGAUCUGAAAGGACUCUCUUUGGAAAAAGCCAUCUCAAAAAAUGGAGUAUCAGCAUCAAUAAUCAGUUUUUAAAGAAUUCAAACAGGGACUAAAAUCCUCAGAAAUCACGUGAUUAGUGAAAUCUGAGAUACUUUUUUCAAUUUCUGUCAUAAAGAGAACACAGUAAUAACUGCAGAGAGAAAUAUAAGAUUAGCCUGCUGUCCAGAAGACUAUGGAGGAAUGAGGAUGUCUGAGCAAAGGAGGAAACACUGAUGGCAUGAUUUGUUUGUGGGUCCCACCCCCUUUUUCCCUUUACCCAGGAGUGCUACCAGGGCGAGAUGGCUGUGUGCCUUUCUGUACCACCAGCUUCAACUCUGGAGCUGUUGUGAAGCAAUGCAUCUUGGGACAGGAGUGUCUGCUUUUGUCUUCAUUUUUGAUUGUCUCUUUUUAAGCAAUCUUAUCUCCAUCUACUAUGCUUUGUGUGGACAUGGAGUGUCUUUUGCAUUGUCUUUGUGAUAAUUCCUUCUCUUAUCUGUAAGUCUUCCUCGGUUGCUUUCAAGCUGGCUGAGCAGUUAGGGUCUAGAUUAGGAUUUAUCACUGUCAAUGCUCAUGGACUGCCCUCAUUUUCCGUGUGAAUAAUUAAUGAUGAUCGUCACUUUUUGAGGAUAAGCUAUGGAAUGCUUUGAAACAUAUGUUUUGCCUUCUUUUGUUUUUCUUUUGUUAUAUCCAUUCCUGCCAAAUUUGUAAAAGCACCACGCAUUCACACAGAUUCUCUCACCUUCACCCACUCACACUGGUAAUACAUUCUCUGUCUACACCACUAAAACACUUCAUUAUGUUUUGCUAAAGUAAUGAGUGCCUAACUGGUCAGUUGGUGAAGCUUUGAUCAGGGGGCUAUACUGUAGGUGGAGCCUAAGACAAAGCAUAUCUAAGGGGCUGUUCAGACAAAACGUGUUCUUGCGAAAAAAAAAUAAAAUGCAAGACACAGUGCAAGCAGGUGUCUAAUGAUGCAUUUUAAAAAUUGUAUGUUUUUUUAAAGGAAUAUUCUGGGUUCAAUGCAAGUUAAGUUCAAUCAACAGCAUUUGUGGCAUAAUUUUGAUUACCACAAAAAUUAUUUCAGCUCGUCCCUCCUUUUCUUUCAAAAUAGCAAAUAUGAGUGAGACACUUACAAUGGAAGUGAAUGGGGCCAAUUUUUGGAGGAAUUAAAGGCAAAAAUGUGAAGCUUAUAGUUAUAUAAAAGCACUCACAUGAAUUCUGUAAAAACAUGAGUAUAAUUUGAGCUGUAAAGUUGUUUAAAAUGGUUUAAAAAAACAUUUUAGGGGUUAUGGUGAUAUGUCGUCAUGGCAACAAAGUUGUAAAAUUCUCUCUAGAUAGAAAAGAUUAGUAAGCGAUUUUAUCACUCUACAGUCAUGCUAGCAUGCAUAUAGUUUACGUCAUGUUGCUACACUUUUGAAACAGUGAAUAUUCUAACGUUUACAGAUUGGCCCCAUUCACUACUAUUGUAAGUGCCUCACUGUAACCCAGAUUGACUUUUUUUAAAGAAAAGGAGGGUCGAGUCAAAUCAACAUUUUGCCACAAAUGAUGUCGAUUCAGCUUAACUUUUAUUGAACCCGGAAUGUUCCUUUCACUUGACAUGGCAUCACAAUAACAGCGCUCCUGCACGAGAUGAUGAUAAAGAGUGAGACGCAGUGCAAUGGUAAAAGGCGUCCAUCUAUUGCAUGUCUACAUAGAAAAACAACUGGAAAACAGCACAGACAGAUGCAAAAACUGUUCGAUGUGAACUGCCCCUAAGAGAAGAAGAGGUUGGUUGUCAGAGGGAGUUACAUGCAGUCAUAUUGAGUUUGAUGCUUUUUUGCCUUAAUGUCAACUGCAGGGUUUCUACCUGUCACAUUGUGGAAUAAUAAGAUGUUGGCAUUAUAUUCCAGAGUAUUUGUUUCAUGUCUAUAUGCCUUGCUAAUUGUCUGUGAAUACACCAUAUAGCAUCAUCUGCCCAGACAUAGCUGGAGGUGUAAAGUAGUAUUUUCUGCAUGGCAAAGCUAUACGAUUUAGUACAACAGUCUUAAGAGCGAGCAAGCAGGUCAUACCGUUAAAUGAAACUUUUGCUCUAAUGUAUUUAAUGUCUGUCAUCUUUGUCUAGUUGUUUUUUUUUUUUUUUUGCACACAUCACACAUGUAAUGAGAGGGAGAGAAAGUAUAAAAAUGAGAGAAUGAGUUCUCAGGUUGAUGUUAGAAUUGCAAUAUUGCUUCUCUCUCAAAUCUCAGAAUUUCAGUUUGAUUUUAGUUCAGUUGAAUGAACCAAUUGUUGCUACUGUAUAUUGUGUGGCAGCAUUUACAAGAAUCCCUCUUGAAACAUGAUGACAAGCUAGUUUCUGCUGGUCAGUAGCUUAGCUUAAGUCUGUGCCUGUCAGAGCAGAAACAUGAGGUCAUACCAGUACAUAUGUAAUCACUGUCCUUGUCUGCGACAGGAUUAAAGGAUAUCAUGGUAUGACAUCUAAGUUUUACUUAGUGGACAACAAAAGGAAAUCCCAAGGUUUCACGAUCGACUUGUGUGAACUGACGACAUUCCCAUUUACAUUUGCCUGUCUUACCUUAAAUGCUUCGUUGUGUGGCUUUUCGUUAAUGAUGUGAGCGCUAAGCUAACAAAUAAUAUUUGCCAUUUUAACACGACACUGUAGCAAUCGUUUCUUAUUAAGAAAUUAUUCUAAUUAAUUCCUUGCUGCCAUUCUUUUUGGAUAUCAAAAGGAAAAACAAGUGUUUUCUUUAAACAGUUUGUGUACAGUUUUUAUUUUUGUAUCAUUCUGGUUUGAUGGUUUGGAAAUAAAAAAAACUACUAUCUAAUAUAAAUAGUAGGCUAAUCACUGCUUGUUUUGUAUAUACUGUAAUGUUGAAUUGUAAAUUUGAAAUCUCUCAGAAUCAAUCAUUGUCACAAUUAAUCAUUUUUACUUGUAAUGAACUAUAGUUGAAUUCUGGAAUUUCAUAAGCACCCUCCACUUUCCCAUUUCUUUCUCUAUCUCCCUGUCACUCUUUGGGGGGAUUUCAGAAAAUCUCCCAUCACAUUUAUAUGUGUAUAUUUGAAUUGUAUUGGAAAAUAGACUAUUAAUUGGUUAUUUCUAAAAAAAAAAUUUUACCAGCACUUUAUUUUCCGUAGGUUGUGAGAUGGCCGAUAUCAGGGGGAAUGAUACUUAUUGAAUUGUGUAUUGAAAGUAGUUGGAUUGCGUGACACAGGGUGAAUGGCUUGGUCCAAAAUUCUUCAUUUUGGUCCUAAAUGCCAUUUUCUGCUUAAGCACUGAGCAACAUCAGCUCCUCUGUAUCAAUAAUCCACAUGGUAAUGGCUUUUCACAGGGUUUUGAAAUACUUCUGUGAGGUUAAUAACCAAGUGACAGUCAGAAAGAUGAUGUGGCUUAAUCAGAGAACAGUUUUUCUUUGUAAUUUGUCAUGCCUCAUGAGACUCUCCAAUGAAAUUAUUCUCUGGGCUUUAAAUAAUAUGUUACUUGUUCACAAGUUGUGGUAAUAUAAAUGAAAAAGAAAACACAGGAAAAUGAUUGUAAUAUUUGUACAUUAUAUUGCUGUAUGUGUAUAAUGUGUCCAAGUUAUUUUAUAUUAUAUUAUUUUUAUGAAAGGUUUUCCUCUGAGAGAACUGAGUUGUCAUUUUGUGAAUAUAAUGCAUUUAAUAAGCAAACAGCUAUAUAUAAAAAACAAAUAUAUAUACCAGUAUAUUUUUUUUCUUUCACUGUUCAGUACUGUAAAGUGUGUCGGAAAUACAAAUAAAGAAUGAUUUUUCUAAUAAAUGCAAUAAUAAUA